ACGCCACUUCCCCGGGAUAGGAGGCGUUGUCCCACGGUUCUGCUGCUCAGGCGUCACUUCUAUGCAGAAACCGGCUAUCCUGCAAAGGGACAUACACUAGACAAAGCCUAUACAUAAAAUCGAACGGUGCAGGUAUAUUUGUGUCUUCGUUCGUGCUAUUAUUAGGGGUUGCUUGUCCAGGAUAUAGGCUACGUUGAAAUAUCAUAUAUAAUAUCAUCGUAGUCUUUUCGUGCACAAAAUGAUCAAGAACGGACAUCACCCAAUGAACACAACAGGGAAAGAUGCAGGGACGAACCUCGGCGCUACAGCUUGCAGUCCGGAGAAGAGAAGACGAACCAUCCGGGUGUGGUGUGACGGGUGCUAUGACAUGGUCCAUUAUGGUCACUCCAACCAGCUGCGGCAGGCCAAGGCCAUGGGAGAUUACCUCAUCGUUGGAGUACACACAGACGGUGAGAUCUCACAGCACAAGGGUCCCCCGGUCUUCACCCAGGAUGAACGAUACAAGAUGGUGAGAGCCAUCAAGUGGGUGGAUGAGAUAGUGGAGGGAGCGCCCUACGUCACCACGCUGGAGACCCUGGACAAGUACACCAGUGACUUCUGUGUGCACGGAGAUGACAUCACACUAACAGUGGAUGGGAAGGACACAUACGAAGAGGUGAAGAGGUCAGGGAGGUACAGGGAGUGCAAGCGAACCCAGGGAGUUUCUACCACAGACCUGGUCGGUCGCAUGCUACUGAUGACCAAAGCCCACCACAGCAACAUAGGCCAUUCAGACUAUCAACAGCACACAGACAACUUUGGCAAGGGUCCUAAGGGCCACAGUCCGUGGACGGGGGUGUCCCAGUUCCUCCAGACGUCCCAGAAGAUUAUCCAGUUUGCCUCAGGACAGGAGCCUCAGCCUGGGGACACCAUCAUCUAUGUGGCUGGAGCCUUCGACCUCUUCCAUAUUGGCCAUGUGGACUUCCUGGAGGCGGUUUCCAGGCUUUCAGACAAGCCAUAUGUUAUAGUGGGGUUACACUUUGACCAGGAGGUGAAUCGCUACAAAGGGAAGAAUUACCCCAUUAUGAACGUCCAUGAGAGAACACUCAGUGUGCUGGCCUGUCGGUAUGUCUCUGAGGUGGUGAUUGGUGCACCUUAUGCAGUCACGAGAGAGUUACUAGACCACUUCAAGGUGGACCUUGUGUGUCAUGGGAAGACAGAGGUGCAUCCUGACAAAGACGGGUCGGACCCCUAUGCUGAGCCCAGGAAAAAAGGAAUACUGCACACUGUGGACAGUAUGAACAGCCUCACCACUGAUAGUAUUGUUCAGAGGAUCAUCAAAAACAGGCUGCUGUUCGAGGCCAGGAACCAGAAGAAAGAGGCCAAAGAGAUGGCUGUGAUCCAGGCCAUGAAGAGAAGAGAGGAGGAGAAGGGCAAGGAGAGGGCCCAGGCUGUGCUCUAGGACAACAGGCCCGAAGGAGCACUCCCACCACGAGGAACCAUUGACCACUCUUAGGGUCAAUCUGAGACAGACUAAACCCAAUACAUCUAACCCCCACCACCAAUGCAGCGCAGUCAAUCCACCUCAUCUGGGUUCCAACUCCCAACCAACACCCUCCAGGUCACACAGUCUCCUUACCGACAGCCAGACAGCGAGCCUUUGUUUUCAACAUGCAGUAUUCUUACAAUGGGAGUUCUGUUGUAGGUUCGACAUGGUAACAUGUUAGGUGAGGCUGUUUUCUUUGUCUUAAUAUCUUAAUACAGGCUGUAUGCAUUUACAUGUUCUUUAUUUCUUAUGGUUUGACAAACCACCUUAACAGUAUAGACCUCUUAUUGUCUCCCUUCCCCACUGAGUUAGAACCAGACAGGGAACCAGAAGGCCCAACGUAGUCACUGAGUUAUAACCAGACAGGGAACCAGAAGGCCCAACAUAGUCACUGAGUUAUAACCAGACAGGGAAC